GUUGUUUUUUCGUCUCAAUCCUACUCUUUUUGACGUAGCUUGCUUUUAAAUUUUGAAUAAUUUCAUAACAGUUUUAUUUAAACUUUCAUAUGCUAUUAUCAUCUUCCAAACAAGGUAUGUUUACUAAAGUACUUUCCUUCUACACCGUAAUUUGACUUUACAAUCUGAGAUCAAGCUCUCUAAAUGGAAACCCAGGUUUAUCCUUUGCUCUUUACCAUUAUUGAAUUCUUUCCUUUUUCUCUGUAAAAGACCUAAUAUUAACCUAAUGACCGCCAUAUUCAAUUUUCAAAGUCUGUUGUCAGUGCUCUUGUUGACCGUAUGUACUUGUACCUACAUCCACAGACAAUUUCCAGCUUUAUUUGAUAAGAGAAAAGAAGGUGUAACUACCGUAUUUUGGAAGUGUGCGAGAAUUGGUGAGCGUGCUAGUCCCUAUAUUUCUCUUUUCUGUGUUUUCAUGGCCGUACGAUUAAUGCUUGGUUCCAGUUGAACGACCCUCUAGAAAUUCUCCUUCAUUUAGAGACAGCAGUAGAGAAACAGAAACCAACCGCCUGAUGUUUAUGAUCGAAAAUUAUGACCAUCUUUCUCUUUGUACCACUAUACCUACAUUUGUGUGAAUUCGUAAAAGCGUUUUCCUUUUGAAACACCUACAUGGAUAGUAGUCAUUUCAAAGAAUGCGUUGUAAGAUAUGGAUGGAUUAUUUCUAGAUAUCCCCUUAAUUAUCCUUUUAUGAUUUUCUUCUUUUGCUUUAUACCUUUAUCACUUUCUCAAAGAUAUUUAAUUACUUUGAUUACCGAUAGUCAAAGUUUUAGACGCUGCUUACAGAAGAAAAUAUUUAAUCCUGUGAUGGAACUUGAAAUCUGAAUGAUUUUUUUGCAAAAGGGAGCAUGAAAAGCGUGGUUUUUGUACAAAUGAAUAUGAUUACACUGAUACUUUACAAUUUUCUUCUGUUCUCUUCUCUUUUCUUUUUCUUUUUCUUUUUUUUAUUCCAUGCAAGGACUAAACAUAGUUCAUAUCUGGAGUUUAAAGUCGAUGAACAGCCUACUCAAUCUAAACCGGGUGUAAUUUUCAUAGCAUAUAAACAAAGAAAUGUAAAUGUUGUAAAGCGGCUUAUAACCAAAGUCAUUUCUCGGCGCGCUUCUUUGGUUUCCUCAAUUUUGACGAUUAAAUCAUAAUUUCAAUUUGAAGCAAAAAACAAACACGAUAUGUCUCAGUUGCUACUCUUUUGCAGUGCAUAGCAUCUUAGUUAAAUCAACAACUAUUCUCAGAACUAUAGUCAAAAACACAAAGGUUAAAUGGACAGAUAAACAUAUAAAUAGUUAUUUCAGUGGGAAAUAUGCUAAGCGUAUAUGUUACUUCAGAAUAAACAAAGAAAAAAAAUAGGUAAAACUGGAUCUAUGAUUAUCUUAUUCGGCUUGUGCAAGUCUGCAAAAAGCCUAACACUUUGUUAAGACCAAAAGCGGCAUUAAGGGUCCAGUAAUUAGAUUGUUCAGUCACUGCUAUACAAUAAAGGCAGAGAUAAAAGUCAUCAAAUAUUUGAGGAAAUACUGAAACGAAGAGAAGGUUCAGGAAAGAAGUUUUAUAUUCAUACAUCUAUGGGAAAGCGUGAUAAAUAAAUAAUGAUCCUAGAAGGACGUAAUCAUACUUGCAUACAACAAACAAUAUUUAAAUGUUUGUACUCGAUAAGGGGCUAUAGGCCAUUGCAAAUAAUUAUCAGAGACUCAUACGAAGGGAUAUCUCAGCUUAAAAUAAAAGUCAAUCAACCCAUCAUAGUAUACAGAAAGAAGAACGGGUUCAGUAUUUUCUUUUUAUU